AUGGACAAUGAUUCUGAGCAACAACAUCCGGCUACGUUUGACAGCAUUCCAAUGAGGUGGUCAGAACAACAACCAUAUCCUCACUCCUAUCAUGGCACGCCUGCGCAAGAGUAUACAGGUUUCGGAUGGGGAUCACCACAACUUCCAAUGCAUUCUGCUGCCUUUUCGCAAUCACCGCCUCUGAGGCCGACGCACCAACAACUACAACCAUUGAUGAUGCCGUGGCCGAGUAUGAUAGGAAGUCAACAGACGUUCUAUCCACCCUUAUUACCACAGACUCAAGUGGGCACGAUAUCGCCUCCCACUGUGACGCCAGUGUCCGCGGGUUCAUCCACCAGGUCAGGAGGUACUUCGGUGCGCAAGACGCUGUCGGACGAUGAUCGGAGACGGAUGUGCAAGUACGCCGAGGAAAAUCCAACUGCCAAGCAGACCGAGAUAGGAUAUCUAUUUGGAGUGGAGCGAAGCACCGUGUCGAAGGUCCUCAGGAAAAAAGAGCAAUACCUAAAUCAUGCUCGACCAAAGGAGACUCCACGCUCACCACCGAACAAAAGACCCAAAGCACGACUACCAGACAUUGAAAAGACCCUCUCAGCCUGGGUCAUCAAAGAGCAAAAGAAAGGUUCACCCAUCACAGACGAAGCUAUCCGAGAACAAGCCUACUACUUUGCUUCCAUCCCUGGCCCUGAGAACCCAGCUUCAAACCCUGUCAAUAACCCUGGAUGGCUAGAGAAGUUCAAACAAAAGCAUCGCAUCAACAGCAUCAACACCAAAGAUCAGGGAGUACGCAAAGACUCUGUUGCAGACUCUGACAAUACUCACAACACUCAAUCUCCAACUUCACCUUCUGACGAAACCCUCUCGUCCAGUUCGCCAGAAACCAUGUUUCCAGCUCUGGACAGCACGAUAGUUGGAGGUGUGAAACCCAGCAACAAACGACGCAAAUCCCCUCCGUCUAUUGAUACGGCGUUUACAGAUCUAGGCUCUGUUUCUACUUGUUUUACACCUCAAGUAUUAUCUCCUACAAGCCCGUUUUUCUCUCCUGCAUCGUCUGGGGCUUUGCAAUCUCCAUUCCUGGUUCAGAAUUUUAGGGCGCUGGAUACGUUUAUGGCCGAUUCUCCUCCUGCUGAAGAACAAGCUCUUGAACCUUCUCAUGGUCAUCACACCUCGUCUUUUCUCCCUUCUGGCACUGCUGAGAAAGAGAGAUUGGGGAGUAUUGAUGAAUGCAUGGAAGAUCUGCUACCCCUCCCUCUGCCUCUUGACUCCGACACCCAGCAACAUGAAGAAGGAUUUGAAACUAUCAAUCCAGACGCUCUGAGUAAUGACGAGGAGAAGGGGGAGAAACCGACCAAAGAAGAAGCUAGAGAAGCUCUCAAAGUGGUGGCCAAGUUUUUCGAAAGUCAACCUAGGGGCAGUUUGGAAGUGCAGGAGGGCAUGUUGCUUGGGAUUUUGCAGCAGAAGUUGUUGCGUUAA